AUGACGACUUUACCUGAGCGCCCUAUUAUCAUAAAUGAGGCACCCAUCAAUACUGAUGUGCUAGAUCUCUCGACGAUUUCUGAACCGAUCGGGGAGCUUUUCGGUUCUUUAUCUGCUAAUGAUGCUUCUUACACACCUUAUCUUCUAACCACUGAACAAAUUGAGUUUUACAAAAACAAUGGCUAUUUGAAUCAAAUUCGUGUUCUCACCGAUGAACAAUGUGAUCGACUUCUCGAAGAAUACAAACGUUUUCUUCUUUGGAAUGAGAAAGAUCUCUCUCAAGCAAAUGCUCUUAACGAUGCUCAUCGACUGGAUCUUCCGGGUCGACAUCUUCUUCACGAAUACCAUUCAAAUCAAACUGGAGAUCCCGACAAUGUUCUCACGCAUAUGUUAGGCCACUGGCGAGUAACACCUCUCUUUCAUGACUUAAUAUUCUUGCCGAAUGUCACCGUACCUACAUCACAACUGAUUGCAGCUUGUCACCCAUCGGAUAAAAAGUUUGUACCCGUUCAAUUUUGGCAUGAUCAAUUGUUUGCUAAACCACCUUUUCAUGGUGGUCCAGUUGCUUGGCAUCAAGAUUAUUCUUAUUGGACGCGAACUGAACCGAUGCAACAUCUCACUGUACACAUUGCUUUAGACGAUCAAACCGAAGAAAAUGGCACCCUUCAAUUCGUACCUGGCUCACACCGAUGGUAUCGUGAGCGUGAUGGUAAACAAGUGCCAUUACCAGUGACUGAUUUCGAUUUCAAGGACAUGGAUAGUAUCAAGGCUAUUUUAACCGAGGAGGAAAAACAACAAUUUCAGCCAGUGCCAGCUCUGCUAAAAAAGGGCCAUGCUUCAUUUCAUCAUCCACUCAUGGUGCACGGUUCUCAUGGCAAUCACACAGCAUUACCUCGCCGCUCUGCUGUGCUCAAUUAUUUUGCCGAAGGAACGUGUAGCAACACUGACGAACCCCUUUUACUCGGUAUUCCUGUCGUUCCACAUGGGCAGCCUAUUCAAGGUCGUUUCUUUCCGAUUGUAUUUGAUCCAAAAUGGCUCUAA